UUCAAACCAUUCUUUUUGUAAUCAGCGCGUGGCGUCACGCUCCGCUUAGGGUGACUUCCUUUUCUUUUUCUGUCAACUCUCCGCUUAGGGUGACUUCGCGCUGAAACAUUAGAAUUUUUGUCUGAAACUUGACAUGAAUUGCUUAAAACACGUGUUUUUGCAUCACACUCGUUCCAUUAAAGAUGGUCUAACCUUGACGACAAUCUCCUCGAACCAUCUCGUUGAUCUCUACUCUAGAAACGGGUUACCGCAGGAAGCUCGUAAGGUGUUCGACGAAAUACCUAAGAGAAACGUUUAUUCAUGGAACGCUAUGAUCUCGGCCUACAUAAAGUUCAACGAUUUGAAAGAAGCACGUAAACUGUUCAGAACGGCUAAUACUGAACGAGAUCUGGUAACGUAUAACACUCUGCUUUCAGGGUUUGCCAAAGCUGAUGGGUGGGAGAGUGAAGCCAUUGAGAUGUUUGGUGAGAUGCAAAGGAAAGAAGAGGAGGGCGGGAUUUGGGUUGACGAUUUCACUCUCACUACAAUGCUUAAACUAUCUGCUAAGUUAUCCAACGUGUUUUAUGGCGAGCAGUUGCAUGGCGUUAUGGUGAAAACAGGGAAUGAUGCGAGCAAGUUUGCUGUGAGUUCUCUCGUUCACAUGUAUUCGAAGUGUGGGAAGUUUAAGGAAGUUUGUAAUGUCUUUAAUGGAUCUUGCGUUGAGUUUAUCGAUGGUGUGGCUAAGAACGCGAUGGUUGCUGCUUAUUGUAGAGAAGGUGAUGUUGAAAGAGCUUUGAGUAUAUUCUGGAGAAAUCCGGAACUGAACAAUACAGUUUCUUGGAAUACAUUGAUUUGGGGAUAUGCGCAGAAUGGAUUUGAGGAAGAAGCUUUGAAGAUGGCUGUUAGUAUGGAGGAAAGUGGAUUGAGGUGGGACGAACACACUACCGCGGCUGUACUGAAUGUUGCGAGUAGUUUAAAGAGACUGAAGAUUGGGAAGGAAGUGCAUGGUCGGGUGGUGAAGAACGGAUCAUAUUCUAAUAAGUUUAUAAGCAGUGGGAUUGUUGAUGUUUACUGUAAGUGUGGAGAUAUGAAGUACGCAGAGUCUGUCCAUUUGUUAUAUGGUUUUAGCAACUUGUAUUCAACUUAUUCGAUGAUUGUGGGUUACUCGUCUCAGGGCAAGAUGAUGGAAGCGAAGAGGCUAUUUGAUUCUUUAUCUGAGAAGAAUCUAGUGGUGUGGAGUGCAAUGUUCUUGGGAUAUCUCAAAUCAUGUCAACCUGAUUCUGUGUUUGAAUUUGCACGUGAGUUUAUAGCCAAGGAGACCAAAGUUACUGAUUCUUUGGUCAUGGUUAGCAUCCUUGGUGCAUGCUCUUUACUAGCUUCAAUCCAACCGGGGAAGGAGAUUCACGGUCACAGCUUGAGAACGGGGAUUGUAAUGGAUAAGAAACUUGUUACUGCUUUUGUUGAUAUGUAUUCAAAAUGCGGGAACCUUGAGUAUGCUGCAAAGGUCUUUGAUAGUAGUUUCGAGAGAGAUACAGUUAUGUACAACGCCAUGAUAUCUGGUUAUGCUCAUCAUGGCCAUGACCAAAAAUCUUUCCAGCUCUUUGAAGACAUGACUGAGGCUGGACUCAAGCCGGAUGAAAUUACGUUUGUAGCCCUCCUAUCAGCUUGUCGUCACCGUGGCUUAGUUCUAGAGGGUGAGAAGUACUUCAAGUUGAUGACAGAGGUUUACAAUAUAUCCCCCGAGGUUGAUCACUAUACCUGCAUGAUAGAUUUGUAUGGAAAGACCAAUAGAUUAGAUAAAGCCAUAGAACUGAUGAGAGGUAUUGAUCAAGUUGAAGAAGAUGCUGUUAUUCUUGGAGCUUUUUUAAAUUCUUGUAACUUGAAUAAGAAUACAGAGGCUGUGAAGGAAGUGGAAGAGAAACUGUUGGAGAUUGAUGGAUGUAACGGGUCUCGGUAUAUUCACCUUGCUAACUCUUAUGCCUCGUCUGGUAGAUGGGACGAGAUGAAACAGAUAAGGAAUCGUAUGAGAGGGAAGGAUCUGGGAAAGUUUUAUGGGUGCAGCUGGGCAUAUAUCGAUAAUCAACUUCAUACGUUUAGGUCUUCUGAUAUUUCGCAUUUCAGAACUGAAGCUAUAUAUUCUAUGCUACAUUUUGUGACCAAGGAUUCGAUUGAAAUCACUGCUUAAGGAAGAGUUGGCUUUCUCAGUGUUCUCGUCAUCAGUGAUUGUUGGCUACCACUUUUUUGAGUGUGAACAUUCUAUUUUACUUGCCUCUGUUGGGGGAUCACUCUUUUAGAGCUGUUGGAUCAGCCAAAGGCCUAUAGUUCUUCUUAUCAUGUGGACUUCAAGAUGAAUGUCAUCGAGAAAGUUGAAGAUUCAGAAACAAAAGACCAAGUUUUCUUAUCCAACUUGGUAUAUAACUUCCUCCAUUGAUGAAAGGGACUUUCAAGGCUUAACUUAGCUCAACAAGACGACAAGAAAUCAAGGAACACAAGUGAAUUGCAACAACAACAACAGGAACAACAACAACAACAACAUCAGAAACAGAAACAGUACAAGAACAAUGGACUCAUCAAGAAAAUCAAAACACAAAGCGAAACCUUCCAAAAGGAAACAUGUCUUAGCAAGGUGCACCAGAUAAUCCACACUUCUCCGGGAGUUUAGAAGCGAGGUCGAGGUCGAUCCCACUGAGGAAAGGAUUAGUUUUGGUUUUCUGCUUGCAGAGACACUGGAAGUCAGCAUUAGACAGGGCUGUGCAACAAGGGCCCUUGGGAUCAAUCGCGGUGGUCACUGGGUUCUUAGUCUGCACAUAGGGCUUGCAAGAGUACAGAUCACCAACGCUCAUACCACAAAACUCUCCGGUUGCUGCCGUGAGUGUCAAGGCAAGAACCAAGGUAAUAAAGACAAGCUUAGUGUUUG